AUGUCGUCGAUAAUCCUGAAUCCCUUCCAAUUGUUAGAGCUGAACAUCAUCUCCGCGCAGGACCUAGCGAUGGUUGCGCGCACCAUGCGCACGUACGCGGUCGCCUGGGUCCACCCCGACCGGAAGCUGUCGACCCGGGUGGACUCCAACGGCCGGAACAGCCCCACGUGGAACGACAAGUUCGUGUUCCGGGUCGACGAGGAGUUCCUCCGGUCCGACACGUCCGGGGUCAUGAUCGAGAUCUACGCCGUGCAUUGGUUCAAGGACGUGCUGGUGGGCAGGGUGCGGGUCCUCGUGGGCCACCUCGUGACCCCGCAGCCCCAUCCGUUCCGCCACCAACAGCACCACGUCGGAAUGCGCUUCGUGGCCCUCCAGGUGCGACGCCCCUCGGGGCGGCCUCAGGGCAUACUGAACAUCGGCGUCGCGGUGCUCGACAGCUCGAUGCGGAGCAUGCCACUGUAUAUGCAGCUCAACGCCUCCGCCGUCGGCUACCGCGACCUAAUGGGCGAGGAAGAUCCGUAUCAUCACCAUCACCAUCACCAUCACCAUUCAACAGGAGCAGCCGCAGCGAAAAAACCGGAACUCAGGCGGACCAAGAGCGACACGAGUUCGAUUAUGGCCGCAGGACAAGUUAAGACGUUGAAAAGAAAGGUGUCGUUCCUCAACAGGCCGAACUCCGUCAUCAACGGCUCGGAGGACGGGUCGCCGACCCAAGAGAGGAGAAAGAAGAAGAAGGAAUCGAACUCGAGAUCUAGUUCCACGGUCAAUGGAUCGAAAGUUGGCAGCAACCACAAGACCGGGUCCGAUAUGUCGCCUAAUCCAAAGCCCUAUGCGAAGGCCGAGGAUUUGGACAUGGCGAUGGUUCCCUUCCAGCAGAUCCCGGGCGCCCAGAAGCCCCUCGCCAAGAACGCGGCGUUGGAUUUCGAAGCUCUUCCGAGCAAGCCGGGUCAGCUAAUCAUCACGGAAUCCGAGCUGGGCCCGUCGCCCUCCGAGGUGGCAGCGGCAGUGGCGGCGAAGGAGAGGUACAAGGAGAAGGAGGUCGAGAGCCCGGUCGUGGGCGGGUGGAGCCUGAACGAGAGCGUGGAAGGGUUACAGUCUAAGCUCGAGAGGUGGCGGAUGGAGCUUCCGACGUUGUAUGACCGCGGUGACUACUCGAGCUUACCGUCGAGCGGCAGCGGCAACAACAACAACAUUGUCAAGUCUAAGUCGAGCGGCCGGCGACACGUUCGACGGCACACUGACGGUGGAGGAGGUGGAAGCCUGUUCUCCUGUGUGGGUAACAUAUGUGGAUUGGAAUGCACCAUAGUUUGUGGAAAUAAUGAACCUCCCUAG